UUCUACAAAUACAGUUUUUAAAUAACAUGACAGAGGACAGCGUACAGUCCCACUGAGAAUUUUUUUUUUUGCUUAUCUUAUUAUUUUAAAGAGAAGCAAACGUUUACCCUAUUGAGAGAGCUAUUUGGUUUCUUCAUCUAUUGACACCCUACGCACUUCCGUUCUAGAUUCCGUGAAGGUUGUGGUGUGUGACAGGAAGAGAAAAGGCCAGCUAUUUUUCUCAGCUGUAUGCUACAGUAUGAAAUCAAGCAAAAAAUAACCAGCAAAAAUGGCUUUAAGGAAAGUUCCAAAUCGUAACGAUGUACUACAAUGGUCCUCAGCUUAUUUGGCUAAUUACUUCAGAACGCUGGACUGGAAAGACUGUGAAAAGGUUAUAAAAAAGAACAAUAUCAAUGGGCAGAGAUUUUUGAACAUGUCAGAAAAUGACAUGCAAAGGUUUCCUACUCUUCGGGUGCCACAGAUUUAUCAGCUGUGUCAAGAAAUCAGCAAAAGGGAUGAUAAAAAGAGCUUCUUCCAGAAAAGGAAUCAGAAUGCUAUAAUCCAGGAAUCGUCAGAUCACAAACCAAAUGAAGACCUUGGAUGGGAUUCAGAUGAAUUUACAGAGGAUGAUGAUGAUGACUAUGAGGAUCCAGACCAAGGACAUGAAUCUGCGGAUGAUGAUGGAGAUUAUGAAUCCCCAAAUGAAGAAGGGGAAGGGCACAACAGUGACAAUGAUUAUGAACCGCCGCCUUCAAAUAAUGAAGAAGCUCAUCAGUCCAAAAUAUUUGCAGCAAAACCCAUCUCCAAUGACUCCGAUUAUGCAGAUAAACGAACAACUCUAAAAUCUGAAGGCCUACCACCCCUUCCACCUCAACGACCUGGAUCAGUGCCAAUUGUACCGGCUGGAAAGCGCAGUAUGCCAAACAUGUUCUCCAAUCUAUCAGUCAAUGAAGAUCCAGGACAGAACAAGGAUCGAAUCUUUCCAACCACGGGUUACAUAGCUCCCAAAGUCGACAGGAGCAGGAAACCUACUUUAGAUCAGCCAGGCAGUGAAAGAGAUUCCCCUUCAAUGGUGAAGAAAUCUCCAUUUCCAGAAAAGCUUUGCCAGCAGCCACCCAGACCUCCGUUUGGCAAUAGACUACCCGAUCCUAUCGGUAGGAUGCCAAAAGCAGCGAUACCAGGGGACAGGGAGAAUUCAUCAUUAGGAAGGAGGCAGCCAUCUCCAAGACCAUGUAUACCAGACAGAACGCUUGAGGAAGAAGAAGAUGGUUUUUCAUCCAGAUCCUUUCCCCGACCAGUGGACUCUGCUCUGAAUGCCAACACUUUUCCAUAUAGAUCUUCCAGACCAGGACCAAAGCCCAGUUUCUCUGGAGGGAACCAAUUGCCACUAUCAAAUGCAGAAAGUCCCUCAAGUGGGUCCUUACCACCACGUUUUCAACAAGAGGCCAAGCAGUCUUUCUCAAGAGGCCCGAGUGAUUCCAGACCUCCCCAACCUCUACCAAUCAACAAGGUCCGACCUCCACCAGAGUCGCUACCAGAAGAGUUCCUGUCCAGGGAUUGGUAUGCAGGUUGCAUCAAUCGAUCAGAAGCUGAAUCAGCUCUUCGAAGUAUUGAUGAGGAUGGGACAUUCUUGGUAAGAGACAGCUCACGGAGAACCAGUGGACACCCUUUUGUCCUAAUGGUACUGUACGGGGACAAGGUGUACAACGUUCAAAUCCGUUAUCAGGAGAACAUCGCUAUGUACUUAUUGGGAACUGGACUACGAGGAAAGGAAAACUUCAGUUCGGUGACAGAGCUUGUGGAGUAUCAUACACAGACAGCGCUCAUGCUCAUUGAUGGAAAAGAUCAAAGAGGAACACAAAGGAAGCAGUGCACUCUGAUAUGUCCUGCAGCUCAGUACACAACAAACUGACCGCCAAAGCUCACACCAGCCAUUUGGUGCUCCUAGACCUUUUAAUCGAGAAGCAAAAUGUUUGCACCUGUGUACAUGCGCCCUGGAAUUCUCUGUCCACUGAAAGGAGUUUUAAAAUAUCUUUAAUCGCAUUUUCUAUAUCUUUGUGAGUGGUGCAAUGGCACCAUGGAAGGAAGGGCUGUGAUCAAUCCUAUGAGACACGACACUGUUCAUUCACACUUUUCCUCAUAUCCUCACCCAAGACUGUCUCCACUCUGUUUGCCCCCUCACUGUUCACUCUCCCCACUGUCCCCCUGCUCUCCCUCAAUGUCUCCCCCUCCCCCCAACUGUCCACACCCCCUCACCCUGUCUCAUCAACUGAUCUCGUCAUUAGACCUCCAUUCCAAACCCCCUUUAAAUGACCCACCAAUAAGCCAUCUGCAAAAUUCCCAAUGAAUUACAUCCAUCAUGCUGCCUCAUUCACCUUUCACCGACAUCUGUUGCCAUCGUGAUGUUCUCAGAUUUGUUUGUUACUCUGUGCAGCAAGUAGCAUCCUCACAGUUAAACAUUGGUGUACACAGCAUGGUGGAUCAUUCGUAUCCUCCUCAUAAUUUUAGCGUAAUGCAACCCUUAGUUCAUUACCUAUAUUAUCCUAAUGGUUGUAAAUAUAGCUUUAUCCACAAACAAAAAAAUAUGAUAGCAAGUGAAUUCAGCUCAUCGCAUUUAGGUUGGUGCAUCACAAUAAAUAUAAUUUCUGGUUUGAACAUUGUUCCAAGUGUGUUUUAAAUUAUUUAAAUGUAAUGGGGUGUUUCUGAAGAGGAAACAUCGGUAGAUAUUGAAGAUCUGAAAUAAAAGCAGAUAAUGCAAGAGAUGCUAUCGGGCUUGUCCCACUAACGCGACUUCUCAGUGACUGUCGUUGACCUUCAAGCUCGAGGGCACUCGCCUGAAAAUCCUCGAGUUGGGUCGACCAUCAGCGAUGAAACUGCAAGCUGGAUCUACCGUCUGCGUACACACACACACACACA